AAAGUAGAAAUUGUCAUGUUCACUGCUUAGAAAUAAUCCUUAGUUUAUUGUGUUACUUGAUAAACAUCUAAAUUACUUACCUAGGUACCUGCGUGGUAGGCACCAAGAAAUUUUUAGCGGGAUUGUAUACCUGUCAACGCCUAAAUUUACCACAACUAUCUGACCAACCCAACAUAAGGUACUAUUUUCAGCGAGACAUCCCUAUUCAAUCUACCUAGUUACUAAUUUACUACUGAAAUUCACUCAAUAUGCCGCCACGACCAUCGCCCACACAUUUCUUAUGUCUACCGCUUGUUACUGGGACAUCCCGCCACCAACUCUCAUCGAAUCUAUCCGCUUUUAGUGCAGAUGUGACUAGCCCCGACAGCUUUGCCAUACCCGAGCAAGCCAUCCGACCACUCGGUACACUCCAUCUAACGAUCGGUGUCAUGAGUUUCCCGAAAGAUGAAGGUCUAGAGAAGGCGGUGGCACUCUUGAAAACACUAGUUCCCAGGAAAAUAUUAGCCAACAUCAAGGCAGCUGAAGCCACAGAAGUUACUAUAAAUUCAGCUCGAGGAUUGGGCGAUCCGGCAAAAGAGACAUCCGGCCCGCCACCCCCUUUAUUGUCCGUAACGCUGAGAGGCCUACACUCGAUGCAGCCAGCGGCGUCAAAAGCAUCAGUUCUCUAUGCCCCACCAAUUGACGCUGAAGGCACCCUACGGCGCUUCUGCGAGAACUUGCGCUCGACUUUCCAAGAGGCGGGACUAAUGGAUGAAGAAAAUCGACCUUUAUUAUUACACGCCACUAUUUUAAACACAAUAUACGUCAAAGGGCGGAAUCGCAACGGCAAGGGCGGUAAGAGGCAUGAAAAGCUGACAAUCGACGCGCGGGGAAUAUUGGAUCGCUACGACGACUUCGUGUGGAUGGAAGAUGUGCCGGUGGAGAAAAUCGCGAUCUGCAGAAUGGGCGCAAAGAAGCAAGAGGAUGGCGAUGAAGCGUACGAGGUCGAAGCGGAAAUCGACAUAACCUAAAGAGAAAUUGCCAUUGCUUGUUAAGUUCCAAUUGUGAUAAUGCGACGUGCUUACCUGCGUUAGCACAUCUGAAUGCCUACUAGGUAGGUGCUAUUGGUAUGUUUUGUAGCGAUCUUUCCAAAACCUUGGAAGGUAACACAGGGAAAGAAAAGUUUAUUCUAGGGAGAAGGAACAGUGGAAUGACACCUAGGACUGGACCUGAUUGAGCUGACUGGGCCCUUGAAAUGACUGUACUUAUAGAAGUACAUCCGAAUUUAACCC